AUGUUCAAUUCGUCAUGUAAAAUUUUUCUGACAGUUUUUUUAUCGGCGUUUACAGUCUCAGUAAUCAUCCGAAUGCUCAUACGACGAUCUCACGCAUCAUUUCAUUUAUUUUGGUCAUUGUUUGUGGAGUUGAAACAGAGACAGGACAACCUGGACGUUGAAAAAAACACGUUAUUUUCUAACCUCUACAGAAAAAAUUCUACUACAGCGACAAAAACAUAUUUUCGUACUGGAAGAGUAG